AUGAACAUCAGAGCAUCACCGCUGCUGCCAGUGCUGCUGCUGCUUCUGCUUAAAGAGUUUUCCACUGCCAGCAACAACUUCAGCUACAUUCCUGGCAACUACAAGCCUGUAAUCGUUGUGCAUGGAAUUUUUAGCGCAGCAGAAUAUUUACAGAAUCUGUCUCAUUACAUAACCACGGCACAUCCAGGCACUCAGGUGGAGGUGAUUGACUUGUACGACUAUGCGCUCAGUCUGACACCAUUGUGGGUUCAGGUCGAAGGCUUCAAGAAAGCCAUCGAUCCCAUCAUGCAACAGGCUCCUGAUGGCGUGCAUCUUCUGUGCUAUUCACAAGGUGGUGUAAUUUGCAGAGCACUUCUCUCUACAAGUCCAAACCACAAUGUGAACACCUUCAUUUCUCUGUCAGCGCCACUGGCUGGGCAAUAUGGAGACACAGAAUACUUGAAUGCGGUUUUUCCAGACAAAACUAAGGAUGUAGUGUUUGCAGCUUGCUACAACAUCGUGGGACAGAAUAUAUCUAUUUGCAACUACUGGAAUGACCCUCACCACAGGUCCCUCUACUUGAAUAACAACAAAUUUCUCCCGGUGCUUAACGGUGAAACACCUCACAACCAAAUGCAAGCCUGGAGGGAAAACUUCCUCCGCAUCAAAAAUCUUGUGCUGAUUGGUGGACCAGACGAUGGCGUCAUCACACCAUGGCAGUCCAGCCACUUUGGAUUCUAUGACAACAACGAAAAUGUUGUAGAAAUGAAGGACCAGGAGUAUUAUGAGAACGAUACAUUUGGGCUGAAGACGCUGGAUACUCGUGAGAAUGUGUCAGUGUGUGUUCAGUCUGGAGUGAAGCACUUAGACUUGCCCAACAACUACACAGUGUUCAUGAACUGCAUAGGCUGGACCAGAAACUACACAGUGUUCAUGAACUGCAUAGAGAAGUGGCUCACAUGA